UUAAGUUUCCAUAGAUAAAAACGGAAACAAAAAGCCGAUUCCGACUGCUUUCUAUCUUUGUCUAUAACGAAAAUGUUGGCGUUGGUUAUUGGCUCCCUCACCCUCUUCACGAUCGGAGCCCUUCUUGUGAAGUUCGCAACGGCAGAUGGGGAUUUCACGCUGCUGUUCAAGGGUCGUGCGAAACGCGAGCGAGUGGAAGGCAAGGUCGUCUGGAUUACUGGAGCAAGCCGUGGAAUUGGAGAAGUUCUUGCAGGCCAAUUUGCAUGUUUAGGGGCAAAGUUGAUACUUUCUGCUAGAAAUGUGGCAGAGCUUGAGAGAGUCAAAAUUGAAACUAUUGGCAAGUAUCCUGGUACCAAUAUUGAGAUAUUGCCUUUAGAUUUGGCAUCCGGUGAAGAAGCUCUGAAAGAUGCAGUUAAAAAGGCAGAGUCCCUUUUCUCUGCUUCUGGUGUGGACUAUAUGGUACAUAAUGCAGCCUUUGAGCGUCCGAAGAGAAAAGCUCUGGAUGAAACUGAGGAAGGGAUUCAGGCCACAUUCAACAUUAAUGUGCUGGGGACUAUUACUCUUACAAAGCUUCUUGCUCCUUUCAUGCUUAAAAGGGGAGGGGGUCAUUUUAUUGUGAUGAGUAGUGCUGCAGGUAAGUGCCCUGCACCUGGGCAGGCUAUAUACUCAGCAUCCAAGCAUGCUCUUAAUGGAUAUUUUCACACUUUGCGAUCUGAGUUAUAUCCUGAAGGCAUCAAAGUUACAGUUGUCUGUCCUGGUCCUAUAGAAACAUCUAUAACUUCUGGAGCAGGCUCUUCUGCUAGCGGUUCUUCUGAGAGGCGUGUAUCUUCAGAACGAUGUGCCGAGCUUACUAUUGUUGCAGCUACCCAUGAUCUUAAGGAAGCUUGGAUAUCAUACCAACCUGUUCUGCUAGUUAUGUACUUGGUACAAUACAUGCCAACAAUUGGGUUUUGGUUUAUGGACAAGAUUGGUGGAAAUAGGUUGGAGGCUGCAAAGAGAAAUGGAGAUACCUAUAGCUGGAAGUUAUUUUUUGGUGAAAAGAAGAAAACGGCAUGAUUUGAUCUGAUGCCUGAAAUACAGUAGCUUUGAUGCGAUGUCUGAAAACUGUUUAUCAACAAUUUUUCGUCGUGCAAUUACAACGGCAGGUACCCUGUUUAUUAGCUCUGCUUGCUCAAAAGAGGUAUUCCAGCCAGCCAACGUUAUUUAAUCUUUAUAAAUUAUAAUGAUUUUGAAAUCAUCCAAAAUGAAUUGGAUGGAUGGGAUGGGAUGCCUUAACUGCGUCUCCAUAGUUAUCAUGAUAACUGCAAAGAGCUUACCUGCACUAAAAAGCCAUCAAGCUCUUAUAUGAGUUAUCUUAUGAGUCAACUUUGCAUUUUUAUUGUGUUCUGCACAAGUCAUAUAUGUCUUGAAAACUAUUGGAUUUAUAACAGAUUAAUGUAUUAAUUUAUUUAGAAAGGGCAGGUCCUCCCAACUCGCUUAUUUCA